GAAACGUCCAAGAAUAGAAUUGCACUAUUACACUAUAAAUGAAUAAAGUACCUAUUAUUACAUUAAAGCCUAAUCCACUCUCUUUCUCAAGUCUCCCUCAUUUCUCUCCUUUAUAUUCUCCCCAAUUCAGAAUCCCAACUCCUAAUUACAACCGAGAAAAUCAAAGAGAAAAAACUGAGUUUUAACAAUGGCGUCUGAAAAACCAGUAAUGUUAUUGGGUAUUGAUGAUAGUGAACAAAGCUUUUAUGCUUUGGAAUGGGCAAUUGAUCAUUUCUUCAUUCCUUUUGCACCCAAUUUCCCAUUCAAACUUUGUCUUGUUCAUUCCAAACCUACUCCUAUGUCUGCUAUUGGAUUUGCUGGGCCUGGAGGUUCCGAAAUUUUACCCGUUGUGGACACUGAUCUAAAGAAAAUAGCUGCCAGGGUCAUAGAGAAGGCUAAAGAGCUCUGCCACUCUAAAUCGUUGGAUGAUGUUGCCGUAGAAGUUGUAGAAGGUGAUGCUAGGAAUGUGCUCUGUGAGGCUGUUGAGAAGCACCAUGCUUCCAUGUUGGUUGUAGGUAGUCAUGGCUAUGGAGCAAUAAAGAGGGCUGUUCUGGGCAGCGUAAGUGACUACUGUGCUCAUCAUGCUCAUUGCUCUGUGAUGAUCGUCAAGAAGCCUAAGAUUAAGCACUAAAUUCCGUUCUGAAACCAUUGUCUGAUGUUUGGUGAAAUGCACUAAAUAAUGCCCUUUCAUUAUUUAUAUGUGUAAUAAUUAUUUUCAUCACUUUUGGAGAAUUGGAGUGAUGAAAUAUUAGUAGGAAAAUGAUACUGAUGUAUUAUUGUAUAUGAGUAGAGAAGUACUCCAUAAGCCUGUGUGAUGCAUGGCGGUAUUUUUUUUUAUAUUUUAAGUGUGCAAAAUUAGGUGGGAGGAAGUGACUGAGUCAACGGCAAAUUUCUUAGAGAUGCGUCCAGAUUUAUAUGGGGUGUUUGGUGCUAAUUAGCUGUUUUAGUUUGGUGGUUUGACGAGUUAUUUCUAUUAGUGGUUCAUGAUGGUUGUUUAUAUUAGUGUUUGGUGAAAACCAGUCACUAAAAUGUUUAUUGUUUAGUUGCUAAAGAUAAAUGCAAAAGCUUAAAGAAAGAAUUACUCAA